CCGGGUGGCGCGUCAUUCGCGGCGUUGGACGAGCGGCGACUGAUCCUGCCACACGAAUUUUUCUCGCCUCGUGUGCGCCGCAUUUCCUCCCUGCUGCCAAGUAUGGCGAACGAAGAUCGCUUCGCGCGACUGCGCUCCGAACUGGACAAGCUUACGGAACAGGAUUUCCAGAAGCUGCGGGAUGCGUAUCCGCACAACUUGUCGUGGUUUCCGCACCUUUCGACAUCGAGUGGUACAAGCAGGACAGACGCAGUCAUUGAAGCACUUCGCAAAGUACCGCUGAGACAGGAUGUGAUCCUUCUGACGUUUACUGCAUUGGUGCGAGGUCUGCUGAAAGAUCAACCUGGUGACAAGCGUGAGAAGCGAGUGGUCCCCAUGGGCGAGGAAGCGUCUCAGCCUGGCUCCUCAAAACAAAACGUUCCAUCGGAUCACCAUGCUGAAAUGGAAGGAACGCUGCCCUAUUCCCCUCUCUAUGAAGCUUCACAGUCUGGUUCAUCAGAAGACAGCAUGCCAUGGGCCAACGGUUCGGCUGAGGCAAAGGUCGCAACGGUUUCCAUUACAGAUGAAGCGUCGCAGCCCACCUGUUCGCAACGGAACAUGCCGGGCUCCGAGGUUCAAGACUUCCCUGAUGACACCCCUGUAGAUGAAGAAAUGUGUGACGCUGAAAGCCAUCCAGGUUCGUCACAUGAAAAUCCCUCUAACGUCUUCGCCAUGGAAUCUGAGGAAAGCGACUCUACUCUUCCGAAACCUCAGCAAAUCUACGAAUCCGCGGCUAAGGAGAUAAGGGACUUUUUAAAAUGUGUUUCCGACAUAAAUAGCGGAUAUGUAACCAGCAGGACCCUACAUAAGAAGUGUCUUCAAAUGCGCAUCGAAAUGGAAAAGUUCAUUAUGAGGGAAACUGACGAAGAGAGCAAGCGCACGUGGAUGCGCGACUCACUACGCACAGCCCUCGCCGACAAUUGUCCUCUGUUUGAGUGGAUUCAGAAUAUUGGAGAAAUUCCUCCAGUGGAAAGAACACGGAGGGACUCGGAAAAAAAGAACACUACACCUGCGAGACGUAGCUCCGGGAACACAAGCAAAGAGGAAAAGUUUCAGAAUGUCGAAAGAAAUCGCUCGGUGAAGAAAACCCGGAAGAACUCUCAAAAAAGGAAGAUCGCAGUUAAUCUUCGCUCCGCUGACGAAAGCCCAGAGUAUCGCAUGCUUCAGAAACUGUGGUCUACACUAGACGAAAGCUCGCAGUCGGACAUCGAAAGAAUGAAAGAGCAUCUCGAAAACACCUAUGAAGAACGGCUCAAAUAUUAUUGCGGCUCCCUGCCAAAGUUUUUCUUCCACGAAGCUAUCCUCUGCAAGGAAGCUGAACUUCGAUUUGGCUCCGAAAUCAGCGUCUUGGAGGAGAAGAUAGCUGAUUCAGUGAGAGCGUUCUCAGAGAAUUACCUAUUCCCAAGGAUCAGCUCAACGAUCCCGCAGCGACAGCUCACAGUUCUGGAGUUCUGUCGGUUCUUGGAAGAGGGUGAUUUCCCUCAACUAAUCACUGAGCGGAAGCAAGAGAAACCAAGAGAAGAAUCAAUGCAAGAGAAAGAAGGCGGGGCGACCGGCGGAGACGGCUCGCCAAAUAUCAUCGCGUGGCCCUCCGAGUUUGAGAUUCAUAUCAGCAGCCCGACAGGGGUUAUCUCGCUCACCGACGUCCGUGUAGAGCGAGUGCUGGUAUACUGCCUGGCGCUCUACUAUAUGAUGGACCUUGCGUACCCGAGAGCCUACCAACGAGUCUUGUACGUGCUGCAGAGGCUUCUGCUUCCAAGCGACAGCCCGCCCGACAUACCCGUGACCGAAAAUAUGCAAUCCUUUUUAGACUUUCUAGAACGACAUCUGAGAGGCAAGAGAGAGCCACAGUGACAUUCAGACCUUUGCUCGAAUUGAGGUGCUGUGUUGCCGAUGUGUAGUUCAAGCAUUCGUGCAUGCAUUUACUUAUCAUCGUCUUGGAUUGGCUGCUGUCCAAGGACACCCUAGCCGAAUGGUUUUAUGAAAGCACGAUAAGGCGAUCUGCGUGUGGAACCCCGUUGCAAGUUAGUUCAUUUCUCUCUCUCUCUCCCGUCUACUUGUUUGAGAUAGGUGAUAAGUGUAUUUAAGUCCAGCGCUGAGGUGCUUACUAAAAAAAAGACGCCCAUGAUUAAAUCCAUCCGAAUGCAUAUCUGCAAAUUUAACAAAAAUAAGCAUUGGAAAACGUGAGCUCUCAGCAGGCCACAAUUUCUGUUUUUGCAGACCGCACGCAUCGCCAUUUUUUUUUUUCGUGACAAGCGGGAGAUUGCCCCUGUGGAGGGGCAAGUAGUCCAAUGGAACUUUGUAUUUUGCUCUCCUCGAGAUAAUAUGGGCAAUCGAAUAUCUUUUUCGAACAUAAAUUGAAGGUCUGGAACGGUUCUUAGUUGCUUAAUACCUGUUUGCGCGAUGUUAAAUAGGAGACUAUGAACGAUUACGACCUUUUCUCUUGCAGCAUUUCUUUUGGGGGGGACACCGUUGCGGUGAACAUUGAAAGCCUUUUACCUGAAAAGCAUAUUUUAAUCUGCACUGCUGACUCUCUCUUGCUUUUAAAUUGACAGACCUAUAAAAAAUGGUUGCUGAUUAUUUUAACUCGUCGUCCCCGCAUUGCUUAACGACAUAGGCAACUGCAGCAGUAUCACGAUUGCUGUACUGUCGUUAUUCGUUUGUGAUGCCAACCUUGGCUUCGUACGGACAAACUUUUGUUUAUUCUCUGAAAAACAUGCUCAACAAAUGUAGCCUUUAGUUUUGCGCUUCCUGUUUACUUGAAGACCUCAGUAUCACUCAGAGUGCAAUGUAUUUGUCAACUCUUUCUGGGUGUUGCACUUGCUAUGAUUACAACCAAAUUUCUUGUAAAGUCGCGCGGUGGGAAUUGUACGUUCAGUAGAUUAGUUUCAAUUUACAUGAGUUCAUAUGCAUAACCGCGGUCCAUGAUGGCACGUGGUUUAAAUUUGAAGCAGCAAACGAAGAAUUGGCCUUUCCAGUGUGUAACCAUUAGGAAUACGUAAUCUUACCAUUUUGUGCAAAUGUGCAGCGAUGCAGGGGUAAGUGUCCUUGUGGUUGAAUGCUAAAAUUCUGUGCGCUCUUGUUUCGAAAAGCAUCGUUGCAUAUUUCAAGUUAGUAAACUCUGUAUUUGGGGCAGCCUCACAAUCUUCUGCACCGAAUUCGAUGCGUAAUACCGUUACAGCUAAAGCAAUUCUUCCAUGAAGGAUUAUAUGUGGAAGCAUGUAUUAAUGCUGUGUCGGAAAGAGAUGUUCUCUUUAGCUCAAAAGAGCCCUGUGUGGGUCUUUCUUGUGCGUAGUCUCGUCUGGCUGAUUGUUAUCAAGUGAGCUUUAUAUUGGGAUGUCAUAUUUUUACCUACAAUUUGCAUUUGUAGCGAAUCAAUGAAUAAACCUUUUUAUUCAACAGGA